AUGUCGAGGAAAGCUCUCGAAGCUCGAGCGUUCCUGCUUCGAUGCAGAAGAGCAUACUGCACCACCAAGCCCGCCUACCAAGAACUCCGACCGGCGACCGCACCACGUCAAUUUCCUCCUCUCACCCAGAUCCGAGACAAUGUCGAGCUCUACGAACAGAACUGCCUGGUGCGAAAUUAUGGCAGCCACCAGGACAUCCCGCAGCGAGUCGCGGAUAAUGUUAAGAAGAUGCGAGAGCUCGACCAGCGCAUGGUCGGAUCCCGUCAUGCCUUGAAAGAGCUUCAGAAGCAAUUGAACACGGCCCAGGGAAACAAGGCGGACAUUGUAGGCCAGAUGAAGUCGAUCAGACCAGAGGUGGAUGCCCUCCAAGCAGAGCAUGAUGCUCUGGAGCUCGAGACGCGCAAUGCUGCCUUGUCCUUGCCCAACUUGACGUUUUCGGGUACACCGACGGGUGGUGAACCAAGGUUACGCUCCUACAUCAACUACGACCCAGAUCAACCUCCGCAGUAUAGCCCUUCGGCCGACCACUCUAUCAUCGGCGAGAAGCUUGGGCUAAUCGACUUCACAUCGUCAUCGAUGACAUCUGGCUGGGGGUUUUAUUUCCUGCUACACGAGGCCGCGUUAUUGGAGCAAUCUCUGGUUCAUUAUGCCUUGUCUGUCGCCAUGAGACGCGGCUGGUCCGUUGUCUCGCCACCGUCGCUGAUCUACUCCCACAUGGCCACUGCCUGCGGCUUCCAACCUCGGGACCAAAACGAUGAACAGCAGAUCUGGCAAAUCGCACAACCUGAAAAGGAUGCCGGUAAACCCACCCGGAGUCUUGCUGCGACAGCUGAGAUUCCGCUCGCGGGGAUUUAUGCGGGCAAGGCCAUCCCCGCCGACCGUCUACCUGUCAAGCUCGUUGGAUCCAGUCGCUGUUUCCGCGCCGAGGCCGGUGCUCGCGGGGUCGACACCAAGGGUUUGUACCGCGUGCAUGAGUUCACAAAGGUUGAGAUGUUUGCGUGGACAGAUUGUCCAGCUCCGAACAGCAGUAAUGGAGGCUUGACGGAUGAGGCGAGCUGGAUUGAGCAUUCAGGUCAACUUCUGGCCGAAAUGGUGGAAAUCCAAACUGAAAUCCUGUCCUCGCUUGGCUUGCCCUGCCGCGUCCUCGAGAUGCCAACUUCAGAUCUGGGUGCGAGUGCGUAUCGCAAGAUCGACAUCGAGGCAAUGUUCCCCUCGAGGAGGAAGAAGGACGGAGGAUGGGGCGAAGUCACUUCAGCGUCCAUCUGCACAGACUACCAAAGUCGCAGGCUGGAUACGAGGAUCCUCGAAGCUGACGGAUCGAGGAAAAAGUUUGCGCACACCGUGAACGGGACGGCCAUCGCAAUUCCGAGAGUUCUGGCUGCGCUCUUGGAGAAUGGGUGGCGUGAGGAUGAAGGCUGUGUUGUUGUUCCCCCAGUUUUGAGACCAUACAUGGGUGGUUUCGAGAAGAUUGGACCCCGUUGA